AUGGCGAACAUAUCUGGGAUAGAAAAUCAACCCCCAGACGGCCCAGCAUGGCAUGACAAUCUCAACAUGCAUCUGAUCUGUCCCGAUUGCAAACAAGUUCCUCCAGAUCUCAUUGAGGAAAAUGCCGACACCAUCUGCGGCAAUUGUGGAAUGGUCCUGGCGGAGAGAUUGGUCAGUUAUGAGUCAGAGUGGCGGACCUUCAACUCGGAUGAGGGCAAGGGCGAUGACCCCAAUCGGGUGGGUGAAGCUGACAAUGAGCUUCUAUUGACAAACAAUGCGGGUACCAUGAUUGGGGGCGGUGGCCCCAAUGUUUCGAAGGAAACCCGAAAGCUCAAGAAAGCUCAAGCCCUGCAACAAGAGAACAAGGCUGACAAAGCUCUUCAAUCUGCUUAUGCGCAAAUCGAGACCUGGGGUGAAAAGGCCAAGUUCACAUCCUCCAUCAAAACUGCCGCCAAGAUGUAUUUCAAGCGCGUGUACGAAGCAAAUGCUCUCCGAGGCAAACAAACUGAUGUCAUUCUCGCUGGCUGUCUCUUCAUUGCUUGUCGACAGAUGAAAUUGCCUCGAAGCUUCAACGAGAUCUUCGGCUUAACUGCAGUGCCCAAAAAAGAAAUCGGGAGGGCCUACAAGACCCUGGAGAAAUUCCUGACGCAAUCUUCUCACGACAACAUCCAAGCUGUGGAGGGUAGUGGAGGCAUCGCUAACCGGGAUCUACUUGAAUACCGCGGAACCCAAUCCACCAAACCAGAGGACCUCUGCGGCAGGUAUUGCAAUAUGGUCGGCUUGAAUUUCCGUGUUCAAACAAUCGCCGAGAGUCUGGCAAAGAAAAUUCCUACUAUCGAGGGCCUCGCGGGUCGAAGUCCCUUGUCCAAUGCUGCUGCUUGUACAUUCUUUGCCAGCCACCUCAUAGGUUUCGGGAAAUCCAGUAAACAGAUCAGCGAUGUUGCCGGAGUUAGCGACGCGACAAUCAAGCAUGCGUACAAGUUCUUGUUGCAGGAAAAGGAACGCCUGGUUGAUGAAAGCUGGCUUGGUGAACAGCCUCCACCUCACGGCGGGUUUGGAGACCUGAACAACCUACCUGGAGCCUAG